AUGGCUGGCAUCCAGCCGGAGCAGGAGAGCCACGUCCUGCCGUCGGGACCACCCCACCCCGUGGCCUCCAACUCGGAGCCAAACCCGCCAUCGACGCCCCUCUCAACAAUCCCAGCUCUGACACGGGACAAAACCCCAGCCACCAGCUGCAAUCUGCUCUCCUGGUUUCGCCACCCGCUGGCCACGUUCACGGCUUCCCUCAAGCGCCGCCGCUGCGCGUCCUUCGGCGACAACCCCAAGGCCGGGAGGAAGAAGAAAGCGCAAAUCCUGGGCGACGCGUGCACGGAUGACGAGGCGUCGGAGGCCAAAGCCCUGCAGGAGAAGAAGAAGGCGCCCGGUAGCAGCACUAGCGAUCCCGAGCUCCUCGCCGACUCAGUCCCCAAGGCCAUCGGUGCCACUACCGCAGCGCACAUCGUGGAUUGCCUCAACGACGAUGACGUCUACGUGAAAAAGGUCGCCACCCUACACCCUUCCCUUCCCAUGUACGUCUUUGUGAAGGAGGACAUGGCCAUAGAAGGCAAGGAGGAGAAAGCGAAGGCGAAGGAGCAGCAGGGGUCUCCCGAGAAUGUGGUGGAAAAGAAAUGGGUUGGGGAGCCCAUCGACAUCACCGGGGCCAACAACCACAAAGUGGCGACAGCAGGCGGGUUGGGACUACGCUGUUGGGAAAUGAAUCAACAACUCGCUGCUGGGAUACAAGAUGCGACUGAAAAUGCUGAAGAAGCAGCAGCUCCUGCAACAGAAGACACUGCUGUUACAGCGGUUUCUGGGAUACGGGAAAUUAAAUGA